UCCACCUUAAGAGGGGUAGUUGGAGCUGUCGGGCUGAGCAGGGAAGUGCUCAGACCAGCAGAGACAGCAGCUGCCAGUGAAGACGUUCACCAUCCAGAGCAACAUAGCAAGAAGGCUUGGGGGAACUUGCUCCCCCCCAGCAGCCCUUUCUUCCCACCCCCACCCCCACCCCAGGGAGGCAGAGAGUGGAGCCUGACCCUCCUGGAUUAUUGGGGCCAAGAGCACAGCUGGCUUGCUGGCUUGUUUCAGAGGAGAGAAGACAAUGAAGUAGAGUUCAUCGCUUGGCUUCUCUGAAGUUUGUCCUCAUGGAGUCACUCAUGUCAUGGUCAUAAAGAUGGCUGUGAAACAAGAGACCUCAGCACUAGCCCUGGAGGUGAUGUGAAGUAUGCACCUUGCUUCCUGUGACAUUGUGGACAUGGAACUACAGAAAUGAACCCAGACGGCUCCUAGCUCCAAAGAUAACCCCUUGGCGUGGAUCUCUAUUCCCCCUUUAUUGUGGACUUGGUCUUCCCAAGGGCUCACCUGAAAAAUGAGUGAUGGUGUGUGGAUCUCCCUCAGUCCGACAGAGUUUGCUCAACUCCAGCAAUACACUGAUUAUUCUAGUAAGAAACUCAAGGAUGUCUUGGAAGAGUUCCACGGGGAUGGAGUCCUCUCCAAGUAUAACCCAGAACAGCCCAUCGACUAUGAGGGCUUCUGGCUCUUCAUGAAGACGUACCUGGAGGUGGAUAUCCCAGAGGAGCUUUGCCAGCACCUUUUCAUGUCCUUCAAACGCAAGGUCUGCCAGUAUUCCCCAGAGCCGCAGCAGCAAAGUUCUAGUGUGUCUCAGCUCAAUGCACUCGAGUCAAAGUCCAUCGAUACGGGCAUCUCCAUUCAGACCGAAGUGGCCUGCGCCCCUGUCACAGGGAUGAAUGGGAAAACUCUCUUAAGUGCCUUGGGAAGACACACUCCGGAGUCCAGGAGCUCCCAAGCUAAUCUGACAGACCAGCCACCAGCCACUCUGACCCCUGUGCCUAUUGCCAACAACAGUGCCAUUGGGAACGCCUCUCCCAGCUGGUCCAGGUCAUCCUCUCAGAAAUCCACUGCCGGCACCCCUUCUGCCCACAACUCCUCAGGGUCUUCAAAGAUCUCCUCUGGGUCUCUGCUCAACCCACAAUCUCCAGGCACAAGGAGCUUGGAGAAGAGGUUACCUUUCAGCCUCCGAAAGACUCACAACUCUUUGAAAACGGCCAACGCACACCCGCCAGCCCCAGUGGCUCCUGUAGUGUACUUGAAGGACAUUGUCUGUUACCUGUCGCUGCUGGAAAGGGGGCGGGCUGAGGAUAAGCUGGAGUUUAUGUUUCGCCUGUAUGACACGGAUGGCAACGGCCUUCUGGACAACUCGGAGCUGGAUCGUAUCAUAAAUCAGAUGGUGCACGUAGCAGAAUACCUGGAGUGGGACUCAACAGAGUUAAAACCAAUUUUGAAGGAGAUGAUGGAGGAAAUUGACUAUGAUCAUGAUGGGACUGUGACACUGGAAGAGUGGAUCCGGGGUGGAAUGACCACCAUCCCCCUGCUGGUCUUGUUGGGGAUGGAGACGAAUGUGAAGGAUGAUGGGCAGCAUGCCUGGAGACUGAAGCACUUCAAGAAACCUGCCUACUGCAACUUCUGCCGCACCAUGCUCCUGGGAGUCCGGAAGCAGGGCCUGUGCUGUUCCUUUUGUAAAUAUACUGUCCAUGAAAGGUGCGUGUCCAAAGAAAUCGCCUCCUGCAUCAGCACUUAUGUGAAAUCCAAGAGAAACACAAAUGUGAUGCAGCACACAUGGAUUGAGGGCAACUCCCCAGUCAAGUGUGACCGGUGCCACAAAAGUAUCAAAUGCUACCAGGGUAUUACCGGGUUACACUGUGUAUGGUGCCAAAUCACACUUCAUAACAAAUGUGCCUCUCAUGUGAAGCCAGAGUGUGAUGGAGGGCAGCUCAAGGACCACAUCUUGCUGCCUUCCUACAUCUGCCCAGUUGUUCUGGAAAGACAGCCCCAUUCAAGGAAAUCAGACAGCGAUUCUCCUGCCAGCACCAGUCCAGAUGAUGCUAACCAGACCUUCAAGUUCAAUUCUACCACUGUGGAUGGGCAAGGCUUGCAGAUCAGCCCCCAGCCUGGGACACACCCGCUGCUGGUCUUUGUGAACCCCAAGAGUGGAGGGAGACAGGGAGAGAGAGUUCUUCGGAAAUUCCAUUAUCUGCUCAACCCCAGACAAGUGUACAACCUGGACCGAGGGGGACCAACUCCUGGAUUGAAUUUUUUCCACGACACCCCAGACUUUCGUGUUUUGGCCUGUGGAGGGGAUGGGACGGUCGGAUGGAUCCUGGACUGCAUAGACAAAGUGAACCUACCGAAGCACCCGCCUGUGGCCAUCCUACCACUGGGAACUGGCAACGACCUCGCGAGGUGUCUGCGCUGGGGAGGAGGUUAUGAAGGUGGUAAUUUGAUGAAGGUCCUGAAGGACAUUGAGCAUAGCACCGAGAUCAUGCUGGACCGGUGGCGAAUUGAUGUGAUCCCCAACAACAAGGAGGAGAAUGGGGACCCUGUCCCAUACAGCAUCAUCAACAACUAUUUCUCCAUUGGAGUGGAUGCAUCCAUCGCACAUAGAUUCCACAUGAUGAGAGAAAAGCAUCCUGAGAAAUUCAACAGCAGGAUGAAGAACAAGCUGUGGUACUUUGAAUUUGGCACAACGGAAACCUUCGCUGCCACCUGCAAGAAGCUCCAUGACUAUGUGGAGAUCGAGUGUGAUGGAACGCUGCUGGACCUGAGCAACACCUCGCUGGAGGGCAUUGCGGUCCUCAACAUUCCCAGCAUGUACGGGGGCUCCAACCUGUGGGGAGAGACCAAGAAACAGCGCAGCUACAACCGGAUGAGCAAGAAAGUACCUGAGAAGCUGCAUUCCACUGUGGUCACCGAUGCCAAGGAACUCAAGUUCUGCGUCCAAGACCUCAGUGACCAGCUCCUGGAAGUGGUGGGUCUCGAGGGGGCAAUGGAGAUGGGGCAGAUCUACACUGGACUGAAGAGUGCUGGCAAGAGACUGGCUCAGUGUUCUUCCGUCACCGUCAGGACAACUAAGCUGCUGCCCAUGCAGGUGGAUGGGGAGCCCUGGAUGCAGCCGCCCUGCACCAUAAAAAUCACCCACAAAAGCCAAGUGCCAAUGUUGCUGGGCCCUCCCCAGAAGAGCAGCUUCUUCUUUCUGAGGAGAAGAAACCGAACUCGAGACUAAUGUGUACCCGAGCAGAGAACUCCAGUUUUGAAGCCAUGAUUCUGCAUCCUGAUGACAACCGUCGCAACAAAACCCGGUGGAUUGGAAACCUUCAUCUCUCCUGAUUUCCUUACGUCUCUUUCUUCUGUGGAAACCUCAGAUCAGAGGCAGCAUCUUGAACACUUGAUGGGAAACAACAUUGCCGGUCGCAGGAUGCGACCACUGGAAAUGGGACGUGGUCUGCAGUUUUACACACUUGCGCACACGUACACGCACACACUCACAACACUGCAGGCAGGCAGAGCAUGGGUGGUUUAAAAAGACAUUUUUCUCAACGUUGCUGAAACUGAGGAGGGGAAAUAAAAUCUCUGGGACCCACAGAAAAGAUUUGUCCAUGGCAAAGCUUGGGAUCUUUCAAGACGAUGCUCAGUGAAUGUCACUGUUCAGCUGGGCCCAAAGUGAACAAACAAAGGCAGCUUGCAACUGGUGAAGUAUAAUAUCUGGCAUGGCACUGCAAAGGAGAGUUGGCUUCUGUCCUUUUAUUUAAAUAACUUACCCCCUACCAAGGCACAGAAGGAACAUGGAAGCCAGGCUUCACUUAUUUAUUUUUUAGUCCUGUCAGAUGACGCUGUGUUUGGCUGCACUGUCCCUGUGGUCACCGAAUCCUACACGUUCAAAAGGCUAUUUAUUUUCUUAGCGUAGAGAACACUGAGGAGAGGAGCUGGGAGGCUGGCCGUCGUCUCUCAAACAGUUGUAAUAACAUGCUUUCAACCCCCUCGACUAGCUUUUCUUUGAAAAAACAGAAGCGAGGUUGUUAUUCAGAGGCAAGCGAUCCUUGGAAAGAGGGAGCCAGAAGGGAUGGGGGCGGCUGCAAAAGAGAGAGACCUUUCUUUGGGUACAGAAAACAAACUCAGGGUAAACUGAGUGUCUCUGCUUGGGAUGUGUAAUGACUCGAACCUGGUCCUUUCAGCACAGCUGCCAGCCUCUGUGGGACCCUGAAUCUUUGAGUCCAAUUUUGGACCCCAAAUCUGUGUUUUUAUUUAUAUAUUUAUUUAACAAAUGCCUUUCUUGCUUUUUUUUUUUUUUUUUUUAAAAGAAAGAGUUCGACCAGAAUGAAAUUUCUCCCUUCUUGUUGGCUGUUCUGAGUAAGGAGAAAACCCAGCUGCCCUUUCAUGAGAUUUGAUUUAGUUCACUGACACCCAGCCCGAGACAGAUUUUGGAUGGAACGUGGUUACCUCCAUGUGCAGGAUCAUCACAACCAGCAGCGGGCGCCUGAAUGGCUUUAGAAGGUGCAUGGGGCCUGGGGAUGAAAGCAAAGCAAGCCCAGAGCUAGCCUGGCAGAGAGCUGUGUUUGCUUUCUAAAGCCCGACUUUGCAGGAGAGAAAUGUAAUGAGUUCACUCCAAAGGGAGCCAAGCAACCCAAAGUUGGGUGCGUGUGAUUCUGACACAGGAGCUACCUGUUUCUACACCUCCCAGCUCUGGAGAUCUGCUGCCAAGUCUUAGUUUUUCACUGUUAGUCUUCUUCUGCUCCAUGGUGGGGUUGGAAGGUAGGCAGAGUACUGCCGGGCAGAGCUGUGGGGGGGAAGCUUCCUCAAAAUCUGACUGUCCUGCUCUCGCUAGCCCACAGACAAGUAAGGGCAGACACUCGGGCACAGCCAGGAGAGAACUGGUAGUGCCCAGUGAAAGCAUGUGGGCCUCCCAUUCUUCUCCAAGUGUUUCUUGGCCAUAGGACAACAUCAGGCUCUGUCUGACUAUGCUGCGACUCACAGCUCUGCAGCAUGUGUCUGGCAUUGGUUCUAGCCAUUACAUUGUGGGACAGUGCCAGCAAGGGGCUUGUGUUACCACAGCUCCAGGAAAGAGCAGGGAGAGCCACUUGCUGCUGGGAGCCGGGAUACCACACUUGUCACUGGUGUGCAAGGGUCUUCCUUACUUGCCCCUGCACGGAGUAGCUAAGUGGAAUCUUCCUCUUCCUUAAAAUUGUGGGAAAGGGCAAAAGCCAUCAAUCCUGAGGCGUGUCCCUGUCCCAGCCAAGAACAUGGGAAGAGGAGGAGUUCCUGCCUAGGGAAAACACUUUAAAUAAGCUAGGAAAUCAGGAAGGCACCACUGGGCGUUGCAUGAAUCCAUCUGCAUGGUUACAGAGAGAUGCACUGCAGUAGCUGGCCAGGGAGUUCUCUGCCUCUUCUGGGAAGUGGUGUUU